AUGGGUAAGGCACAUGUCAUUGAAGAAGAUUACAUGAAUGAUGAACUGGAUAGUAGGGAUGAUGAUGACAAUUGUGAUGAAAGGCCAUAUGUAGUCAGGUUCAGUGAAGAAGAUGCUCUAAUUAAGGAUUUUAUUUUCAAGGGGCCUGCAAAUACAACAGAGGAUCUGCCUACACAAGCCAGUCAGACUAGCAAAGUCCAUUUGGUGCCCAAAAAAGGGGGAGGCCUAAGGGGUAUGUCAACAAUGGCACAGGGGUAUUUUGAGGCAUAUGAAACAAAGAUGAUUAAGAUUGUGUGUAAUAAUAAUGCUUUUAUUUCUACCAGGGGAGGCCUAAGGGCAUUAGUCAUUGAUGAAGCAACAAACAAUGAUGAAGGAACUGUCAAUAAGGAAGUAAAAAUCAAUGAUGCAACUUCCAAGGAGGUACCAACUGUCAAUGAGACAAAUUUCAAUGAGGGACCCAUUGUCAAUGAGGAACAACCUACAUAG